UGACUCAGUACCAAGUAAGUGUUGGCCCAGUGGUGAUGGGGACUGACUUUGGUAGGACGGACCCGUGUUCGAAUCCCCGCCACACCCUUGGGAGAUGAAUGAAACCUAACCACCUCGAACUUGACCUCGAUCCGGAUGUAGCCCGAAGGGUGAACCGCGUGAAAAUACCAAAAAAAAACUCAUGACUCAGUAAAGCAAUCUUUUCCACUUUGAAAACCCGAAAGAAACUCCCGCGAUACACAACCCAAAAACAAAAUAAGAAAAAUACCCCAAUUCCCAAUUCCCAAAACACAAAAAGCCCCGUCAAAACCGCCCGACCCAUUUGACAAUAAUUUCCAUAUACAGAAAUACAGAAUAUACAGAUAUACAGAUAUAGUACUUCCACAAUUCUACUCACCAUUUUUUUCUUAUAAAUCAAUCCCACACGUCUUCCUCUUCCACCUUCCCCAAACCCAUAAAGGCAUAAACCCCAACAACAAAAAAAACAACCACCACUACAACUCUACAACCAGCAAUCAGCAAUCAGCAUUCAGCAAUGGGUUCAAACGAAGCCCAAACCCAUCAACACCAUACAAAACUCCCAAAAAGAAUAAUCCUAGUCCGUCACGGCGAAAGCCAAGGAAACAUCGACAUGUCAGCAUACUCCAUAACACCAGAUCACAAGAUCCAAUUAACUUCCGAUGGAAUCUCACAAGCUAACAUCGCCGGUAACUCAAUCCGUCGUUUACUCGACAAAUCAUCAUUCUCCGUCGGUGCAGCCGCUGCGUGGAGGGUAUAUUUCUACGUAUCACCUUAUGAACGUACUAGAUCUACUCUUCGUCAGAUCGGACGGUCCUUCCCUAAACGACGUGUUAUUGGUGUUCGUGAAGAGUGUAGAAUACGUGAACAAGAUUUUGGUAAUUUUCAAGUUGAGGAAAGAAUGUCUGCUAUUAAACAAACUAGAGAGAAGUUUGGUAGAUUCUUUUAUCGUUUUCCUGAAGGCGAGUCUGCUGCUGAUGUUUAUGAUCGUGUUUCAAGUUUCAUGGAAUCAAUGUGGAGGGACAUAGACAUGAACCGGCUUCAUCAUGACCCUGACCACGAGCUAAACCUCAUAAUUGUAACACACGGACUGUUGUCACGUGUAUUCUUGAUGAAGUGGUUCAAAUGGACAGUUGAACAGUUUGAACUCCUCAACAAUCCUGGUAACUGUGAGUAUCGAGUGAUGGAGUUAGGUGAGGGCGGAGAUUACAGUCUGGCUAUAAACCACUCAGAUGAAGAGUUGCUGGAAUGGGGACUCUCUCCUGAAAUGGUAGCUGAUCAGAAAUGGAGAGCCCAUGCUAGAAAGGGCGAAUGGAAUGAAAAAUGCAGUUGGUACCUAGAUAGCUUCUUUGAUCAAUUAGAAGACUCGGAUCAGAAUGCAGAAGACGACGCAGGUUCUUCAGCAGUUGCUGAGAAAGAUGGUUGCAUUGGAGGAUUUGAAAAUAAUUCUAAUAAUUGUGUUGUUGAUGAAGAAAGUAAUAAACUUACUGAAUCUUGAUUGAUGAUUAAUUCCCUCUCUAUACUUUGUACAGGCAGGUGCUUCAUUUGGUUGCAGAUUCUUUAAUUCAACUUCUGAUAUUUUUCUUUUGGAACUUGCUUAAUGUUUACCAUGUAUACUAAUUGAAUUUUGGAUAUUGUCUUUGGUCCUUGUUCAGGGCUUGUAAUUGUAUUCUUGUAAGAAUUCGCUACACUUUCGUCCUGUUUUCUUCUUGUGUAAUGUAUUUCCCACUGUUGGGAUUCUUCUAGGU